UUAUAUUAGUUUUAGCGUGCAGACAUGACUUUUAUUUUGGUGUGGGGGUGUGACGUCAAAAAACUGCGUCGCACUCCUGCUGCAUCUGAUGUGAUUCGACUGAAGAAAGAUCUGAUGGUGCAGGAAGAGGAGAGUCAAGAUCUGAAUGGCAUGAAAGAGAAAGAUCUGAAUGAGAAACAGCAUGAUUUCAUAACUGAAGAAAAAUCUUUUAAUUCCUUGCAGACUGAAAAGGCUUCCACACAAAAAGCUCAAAAUACAGAAACUAUCAGUCAAUUAAUCUGCAAACAGUGUGGAAAGAGUUUCUGUCAGCAUAAAAACCUUGAAGUCCACAUGUGAGUUCACAAAGAAAAUAAGCUUUACACCUGCCAACAAUGUGGAAAAAGUUUCAACCAAAAAGAACACCUUACAGACCACAUGAGAGUUCACACUGGAGAGAAACCCUACACAUGCCCUCAGUGUGGAAAGAGUUUUAAACGUAAAGACCACCUUAAAGGCCACCUGAAUGUUCAUACUGGAGAGAGCCAUUUUACCUGCAAACAAUGUGGAAAAAGUUUCAAACGAAAAGGAUACCUUAAAGUCCACAUGAGCUUUCACACUGGAGAGAAGCCCAACACCUGCCCUCAGUGUGGAAAAACUUUCAAACAAAAAGGACACCUUAAAGACCACAUGAGAGUUCACACUGGAGAGAAGCCUUUUACGUGCCAACAAUGUGGAAAAGGUUUCAAAUUAAAAGGAACCCUUAAAGACCACAUUAGAGUUCACACUGGAGAGAAACCCUACACAUGCCCUCAGUGUGGAAAAACAUUCAAACGAAAAGGAACCCUUAAAGACCACGUGACAAUUCACACUGGAGAUAAUCCAUUCCUAUGUGAUCUAUGUGGAAAGAGAUUUAGAUAUAAAGGAACCUUUAAGUACCACAUGAGCCUUCACUUAUGAGAGAACGGUUUUAUAUGUCAUCAUUGUGGAAUAAGUUUCAGACAGAAGAACCUUGGGUUCAUGUUAUAACUUAUACCGGAGGGAAGCCUUUCAUGUGCCAUCGAUGGAAAGACUUACAGAAACAAAGUAAACCUCAAGGUUCACAUAAGAGUUUUGUUAUAGAGAGGUCUUGUACCAGCCCUGAAAGCCCUGAUAUACUCACUGCAAAGUUCUUUUCCAGUCUUUGCUUAGUGGCAGCAGACUUAAGUGAACAUCUCGAGUGUUGCAUUUAAAUUAAUGUGUAAAUAUGUGCUGUGCUUUUUCCUUUCAGUAACAAAAUAAAUGUGGUGGGAAAUGUGUAGCUGUGAACACUUCAGAAUAUAGUGAUGUGGAUUUGUUUGCACCAGAUCUGCAAUUCAGCUCCCCAGUCACAUCACAUACACAAUUAUACAGAUUGAUUUAAAUCAGGCAGCUUUACAGUAUUAAACAUGAAAAAACAGAGAUUGUGUCACUUAGAAUAAAAUUAUAA